GUGACGUCACGUUCUGUCAGUCACCCUGCUCCGCCAUCGUUCCGUUGAGGCUGGCCGAGCUUUUCUGAUAACAACCGAUUAUCGCUGUUUUUCGGAUGAAGAUGGCUGCAGGUCCUCUUUCUGUAUCAUCCACUGCAUCCACAAAUAACGAUGGCAUCCUCAUUGGUGAUAAAGUUUAUUCGGAAGUGUACCUUACGAUCGACAACUCGCUCAUACCGGAGGAAAGGUUUUCUCCGACGCCGUCGAUGCUCGACGGCCUCGACCUGGACACAGAGACCGACCUUCGCAUACUCGGAUGUGAAGUGAUUCAGUCGGCGGGCAUUCUUCUCCGGUUACCCCAGGUGGCAAUGGCAACGGGUCAGGUGCUGUUUCAUCGUUUUUUCUACUCCAAGUCCUUCGUCAAGCACAGUUUUGAGAUUGUUGCUAUGGCUUGUAUCAACUUGGCCUCCAAGAUUGAGGAAGCGCCGAGACGAGUACGAGAUGUCAUCAAUGUUUUCCACCACCUGAGACAGAUCAGAGGCAAAAAGACUCCAAGUUCAUUGAUACUUGAUCAGAACUACAUAAAUACCAAAAACCAAGUCAUCAAAGCGGAACGGCGGGUCCUGAAGGAGCUGGGCUUCUGUGUGCAUGUCAAGCAUCCUCACAAGAUUAUCGUCAUGUACCUUCAAGUCCUGGAAUGUGAGAAGAACCAGACACUGGUCCAGACGGCCUGGAACUACAUGAAUGAUACCCUGCGGACAAAUGUGUUUGUGAGAUUCCAAGCCGAGACUAUUGCCUGUGCCUGCAUAUUCCUCGCUGCCCGAGCCCUGCAGAUACCUCUGCCAUCCAAACCUAAUUGGUACCUGCUUUUUGGAGCCAGUGAUGACGAUGUUAAAGAGGUCUGCAUCACCACCCUUAAACUCUACACCAGGAAGAAGCCCAACUAUGACCAGCUGGAGAAAGAGGUAGAGCGGAGGAAGGUGUUCUUGGCAGAGGUCAAGCUGAAGGCUAAAGGCCUGAACCCUGAUGGUACCCCUGCACUGUCCACACUGGGUGGCUUCUCUCCUGCUUCCAAGCCCUGCUCCCCAAAUGUGGUCAAGGUGGAAGAAAAGUCCCCAAACCCCCAGACCCUCAAACCAGUUAAGAAGGAUCCAGACAGCCGGACUCAGAUCAACAAGAGUCCACACAAUGGCUUAAGGAAAGACGUAAAGAUUGGAAGGAACAGUAGGAGCGGAAGUGGAUCUCGUUCAAGAACGCGUUCCCGGUCUAGAUCACGCUCCGCUCGCAGACAUUACAACAGCAGACGCAGUCGCUCAGGGACCUACAGUUCUCGCUCACGUUCUCGCUCUCACAGUCGCAGUCCAUCGCCUCGGCGACAUCCACCCUCACCCCUCCUCCCCCACCUCAAGUCCAAGACCAGCCACCAUGGCAAUAGCGACUCCAAGCCCAGCGGACGCCACAGCAACAGUGGAGGUGGAGGAUCUGGUCACAAGAGGAAGCGCUCGCGCUCUCGGUCGCGGUCUCGCACUCCGGUCAAAGUAGACAGGGAACGGGACAGAGAGAGGGAACGGGACAGAGACCGUAGUUCCUUUGACCUCUCUACGAAGAAACACAAACACGAGCGAGGAGGUGGUCAUCGAGGCGACAGGAGGGAGAGGGAGAGGUCUCGGUCCUAUGACAGGGACAGAGAGAGGGAGCGUAGCCACAAGAGCAAACACCACAGCAGCAGCAGUGGGCAUUCAGGACAUAGCCGUCACCGCCGCUGAGACAACACACACACAAACCCAAACACGCUAGUUCUAGGACUGAUAGUCACUGAAGUAUUUUCAGUAUACUUGAAACAAAAUCAGAUUUGGCAUGUUCUCUGAAUGCUGUUAAAUACAGUUGACUGUUAGCAAACAUGAGUGUGACUCCUGGUCUGUUCAUUUAAUGAAAGACGCAUCUUGCAAGUUCUUAAAAAGGUUAACUAAAUAUGUACUUCCUUCAACCUGUCAAAUGAUAUUUCUUGGGGGUUGUUGACAAAGAACUUGCAAAAUUGUCAGCACACUCAAUGCAGCUCUUGAAGCCAAACGCUGCACCUCUGCCAUGGUUGAGAGAACUUGCCUUGUUUGGUUUCAUUUGGGGUAUAUUACCAGCCUAAUGCCAACAUAGUUGGGCUCCUGGGUUUCUCAUAUGCAUCCUGAAAAUUACCAUUUAAACUAUAUGAUUUACAGGAAUGUUGAUUCUCUUCAAUAAUUAUUGUCCUAAGCCAAAUAACUAAACAUUUAGUUUUAUUAUGAAAAUAUUCUGUAAUAACUGUAAUAAAGCCUUGACAUCAGAAGCAUUUAUGGUAACACUGUUGAAAUUGCCUGAAUCCUACACAUAGCUUCUGCAUGUACAUGUCUUGGUGAUAAAAUAUUCAUUGCUUUGGCUUAUGUACACAACAGCACACUUGUAGCUGAUAUUCGGCAGAGGUGGUUGAUGUUGUAUUAUUAUUAUAGAUUAAAUGUAUGCGUCUGAGGAACCCAGCCUGCGGCAGUAUCUACCAGCAUUUAGUGGACAUUUAUAAGAUUUAUAGGUUCACUAUUCUUUUUUUCAACCAGGUCAGACAUGAUCAGUGGUUGAGGGAACACACCAAUGCAGUGUGACAUCAGUCCUAGACCUUCAUUGUCCUUUCCACCUAUAGGUUUUUCUUAAUUUUCCCAUGAUACCUCCACUCCACACACCACCACCAUCUCUCUAGCCCUUUGUUCUUAGUUUUACAUGUAAAGUUAUGGACUUUGGGAAAACAAAACUUAUUUACAGUGUAAAGAUGGAUCAAUAUCUGCUGACAAUGUGAACGCUUUGAUUUAUAAAAGCAAACAGCUCAGUGGAAGGAUCGAAUGAAUAAAUGUAAAAUAAAAGCGAUCAUUCAGGAAAGAUCAAUAUGUUUGCACAUUAAGGGACUGGUGAGCGAGUGGUUUUUGUUUCCUUUUUUUGGACAUGUAUGUUGCUAAAGCUGUGUUUUGUACAGUUUCCAAACAGCUGACUGGUUAUAGACUUGUUUUUUUUUUUUUGUUUUUUUUUACAGCAGGGGAUGCAGACUUAAUUUCAGAAUUUUAGGGUUGUCAAUUUGUUACACUGGUUUUUAGUCUGCAUGUGUUCAUGUCCAAUUUUUAUUCAAUAAUAAAUGAGUUAUGCCACUGAA